AUGGCGAAUUCAGUAGAAAGGGCGCUUCCACCUCUAGAUUUAACAGGGUCUUCCUCUCAGGUCGCGGAACGAUGGCGACAGUGGAAACGAUCGUAUCAGUAUUACAUCGAUGGCAAGGGAAUUACGAAUCCUUCUCGGAAAACAGCUCAGUUACUUCAUUUAGCAGGUAUGGAAGUACAAGAUAUUUACGAAGAUAUUCCAGAUCCUGGACCACUGAAUGCUAACGAGGAUAAUGAGUAUGUGGUGUGUCUGCGAAAGUUGGAUGCUCAUUUCCGAGCCGAGGACAAUGUACCGUACGAGCGUCAUGUCUUUCGUCAACUUACGCCGACAAAGGGAGAGACCGCCGAUAAGUUCAUGGUUCGUUUACGUAAACAAGCUCGUCAUUGUAAUUUUGGUCCAACUUUGGAAGAAAAUUUACGGGAUCAAUUGAUUGAAAAGUUGCCUAAUGUUGAGCUAAAGAAGAAGCUAUUGGAAGUCGUUAAUAUUACUCUGCAAGCAGCAAUGGAUAAAGUUCGAAAGUGGAAAGCCUCACACGAGCAGGCAGGUCAAAUGGUCAUGCCAAGCCAAGAACCUGGAGCAGGUACUCAUGCAGUUGAAGAACGUCCUGGGCGUGGAGACAAAGGGAAAAGCGUUUGUUUCAACUGUGGUAAAGAAGGUCAUUUUGCCCAAAGUACAAAUUGUCCCGCCCGAGGUCGCAAGUGCAGCAAGUGUGGUAAAUAUGGUCAUUAUGCCAGCUGUUGCAAAGGGGGAAGGAACUCGAAGCCUGGAAAACAAGGUAACAACCAACAACGGGGAGGCAGACAGCAGCGUCAUGGUAAGGGGAGACAGGCAAAUCAUGUUGAGGGUCAUUGUAACGAGUCAGGUGAGGAUGACAGUUUUGCUUUUACUAUAGAAGAACAGACAUGUGCUAUGUCAAAUUCCUCUGAACCCGUUAUCUCAGUGAAGAUUGGUGGAAUCAGCAGAGAUGUGUUGAUUGAUUCAGGUUCUGCAAGUAACCUCAUUAGUAAAGAUACACUGCAGGAACUUAAGUAUCAGGGGCUCAAGAUUGAAUUAAAACCUUGUCUGAAGAGAUUGUAUGCUUAUGGGGGUCGAGAGCUUAAAAUUGAGGGCCAGUUUCAGACAGAAGUUUCCGUACCCAAAGCAAAGGUUGUGGCACAUUUCAUUGUUGUUGAAUCCGGGCGUUGUUUGCUGGGAUAUUCGUCCGCCACAGAUCUUGGAAUCCUUCGUGUGGAUCUCUCGGGAACUCUUGGGACAGGAGACUGUAACACUGUUGAUGGUACCUUCGUGGGAGGACUCAAAGCAAAAUACCCCAGUGUAUUCCAGGGAAUUGGAAAGCUUAAAGAUUAUCAGUUGAAGCUACACAUUGACCCCAGUGUAACUCCAGUCGUUCAAAAAAUGCGACGAGUACCUUUUUCUGUAAAGGACAAAGUAACUGCCAAGGUUAACGAACUCCUUGAAAAGGACAUAAUUGAGAAAGUCGAGGGGCCUACGGUGUGGGUAAGCCCAGUCGUUGUUGCUCCUAAACCGUCCGGGGACAUAAGGUUGUGUCGACAUGCGGAGAGCCAACGAGGCCAUUAUUCGGGAAAGACUGCCCAUACCAACCAUAGAUGA